AAAAGUUACAUGAGUGAACGCAGGCACACACACACACACACACACACACACACACCAAAGGGGCAGCGCCAAUUCUGAUCAGUGAGGCAGAUUCAGAAGACGUGAAAAACUCAAUCACAGACAGUUGGUUACUGCCGUUGAACUUGACCAUCAUAGCCACAGGGGGAUCUUUGUUUCCAUCCUACUUUCAAUUAGAAGUCAUCAGAAGAACCAUGGCCACCUCUGCUCCCUUCGUGGUGGUCACUCAUGUGUACCCACAACAAGGUGCCCAAAGUUUCACUUCACCCCAGAGCGAAGUUGUUUCAACUCCAUCCUCUAUGCUGGGAAAAUUCCUUAAAGGGGAACCAGUUGCCACUGGGACGGUCCAAAUAAUGAUUGGUGUGGUUGUAUUGUUGUUUGGUAUCGUGACCGCAUUUUAUGCAACAACCAUAUCCACUUACUCUGGUAUCAUGUUCUGGGGAGCCAUCAUUUACAUCACUGCUGGUUCCCUCACUGUUAGAGCCGAUAAGAACCUCAAUCCUUGUUUGGUCAAAGCUUCACUGGGAAUGAACAUCUUCAGCACAAUAACUGCAGGGAUUGGCAUAAUUUUGCAUAGCCUUGAUUUUUUCAUAAGAGUGUACCCUUAUUACAGCUGUUAUGGCGAUUCAAAUUGCUAUAUGCUCGAAGAACUGUUUUUGAGCAGGUCAAUGGGGAUUGCUGGAGUGAUGCUAGUGUUGUCAGUGCUGGAGUUCAUUGUGUCCAUAUUUGUAUCUGCAUUUGCCUGCAAAGCCACCUGCUGCACUGAGACUAAUGCUCAAGUGAUACACCAGGUGCAACCAUCUUUUCCCACCUCCCACGUGUCUGCACCUCCACUGAACACCCCUCAGAUGCCUCCCUUCCAAAGCAGUGUGAUGCCACCUGCUCAUCCUGCUGUUGAUGGCCUGAAGGUUGGCAGACCUGAAGAUCUGCCCCCAAUAUACACUGCUGCCCAAUAAUGAGACAAGGAACAUCUACAAGGAGGCAUUAUAUUUCAAGCAAAUUAUAAUCUCACAAAUCUCUUUAGUGUCUUCAUUAUAUUGUCACAGUUUAAGUGUGUGUGUGUAUGCACUAUAUAUAUAUCUGUAUACUCACUAGAAUCUAUUACAUUUCAACAGUUUGAUAACUUGCAUGGUUCAAGUGACUUGGAAUAAAUGGAAUAAAUCCACUAAUGUGUUUGGAAACAAAUAUAUAGUGACGAGGUAUAUAGUCUGUCCAUGUUUUUUAGAGAAACCCCUCGAAUGAGAUGUGGCAUCUCAAGGGGAUAUCCUUGAAAUAAAAAUCAAAAUUUUGAUUA